UUCUAACGUACCAAAACAUUGAAAAUUGUUUCGGUGAAGUUUUCGAGAAGUUCUUUUGGUAUUUGUUAAUUAUUUGGUGAAAAUACUCCACUGAUGGAGUUAUUUUACAUUAUCUUCGGCAUCCUUUUCGUUGUGGGAAAAUAUGAAUCAGUACCUGUUAAUUCGAACGUUAAAGGCUCUUCGUCAUCUUUGACUGCGAUAGAUUUCAUGAAGAAGUAUGGGUACUUGGAAAGCGGUACUGCCGAUUCGGAUGCAUGGUACAAGGAAAGUGCCAUAACAGAUGCAGUGAAAACUUUACAGGAAUUUGGUAAUAUUCCGGUCACUGGACAAUUGGAUAACGCAACGCUUGAGUUAAUGGCAUCUCCACGAUGCGGUAUUCCUGAUAUCGUAAGGAGAAAAGAGGACCCGCAACGUAAGAAACGUCAUACGGUAAAAACUCAAAACCGGAAGAAAAGGGACAUCACAUAUUUUAUAGCCAAGCCGACACCAAAACUAGGAGAAGAGACAGUUGUAACUGAAAUCGAGAAGGCAUUCGACAUGUGGAAUGGAUAUUCGAGACUUAAUUUUAAACGAAUUCAUAAUAAAAAUGCUAAUAUUUUUAUAGUCUUUAAUACGGUGCCACACGAUGACGAGUCAGAAGUUAAAAAUGAAAUAAAUAAACCUUAUUAAAAUUCACUUAUAAUAAUUGUGCCUCGAAUCAUUCUUCUUUUUUCAUGAAAUCAUUUUUGUUAUAACGCGUUAGAGAAGUUCCACUUGGCUAAUUUUACUGCCACCCAUUCGUUGAAGAACGUGU